CUGCAGAGGGAGAAGGUCGGCUCAGGCAGGCUUUCACGUCAGUCAAGCAUGUCGCUUUCGAGUUUGCAGGGACUCUUACUACCCAAACACGGGACGCUGCCACAUUACCAAUGAUUUUACGGAGGAGCAUACAGAAAAGGGUUUGUUAAGAAUUCAAAAUAGAGAGGCGGAAAAUGUCUCGGUGGAUUUGGUUCCCGCUGCUGCUGCUACUGCUUCUUCAGUUGGUGUAUGAAGUUGAAGCGCAGGUAGAAAACCGGGUGAUUUUCCUGCCGGGGAGGUUCCAGAACGUGAGCAUCUCCCAGAAUGAGACUGUGCAGGCGGUGGUGUCCACGAUCCCUUCAGAGGUCGCUUUCAUCACUCUGCAGUUCCACACGCAGCAUCGAAACGCAACAAUCUCCUACACAAGGAUGCCGGGCCUGGGCCUCUCCCUGACUGCGGUGGACUCAGGGCUCGUGUCGGCUCUCCGGCGGGACCAAACGUCCCUCACCUUGUUCCUGUCCUCUCCUGAUGGCAACGCUGUGGCAGGGACCGGGGUCAUCCUCUCCUACUCCAGCACUGAUCCAGUUCCAGGAGCGUGCAAUAUGGAGUUUGACCUGGAAAUUGACCCAAACAUCUACAUCCACUACAACCUCUAUGAGACCACGAUCCGUUUUGCACCUGCCAACCUGGGAUAUAAGAGAGAUGGAGCUCCUCCAGCCUGCAGCCAAUCCACAGGAGCCGACACACGCUGGCGGCUGCAGUACGACAUCUACCAGUACUUCCUGCCUGAGAAUGACCUGUCAGAGCGCAGCCUGUUCACCGGCUUUCAGGCCGUGGCCGACAAGCAGGGCAUGAUGGAGAACGGCAAACGGGUCAUGACGCUGAAAUCGACAGAUGUGAGCUCGAUGGUUUUCAAUUCCAUCCCCGGUCAGGGCAUAAUCUACUCCGUGAUCGUUAGAGACCCGCUGUUGAACACCUCGGCCUCUUACGUGCCCGCCCACACCUACGCCUGCAGCUUCAAUUCCACUCUAGACAGCUGCCAAACUCUAGGGAAGAUAUCUACAAAAAUCUUCUUCACCAUCACUGGCUUGGCAGGGCUGUUUGUCUGCUUCUUUGGGCAUCGAUUCUUUAAAUGUGAGCUGUUUUGCAUGGGAUUCAGCUUUGCAGCCUUUUUGUUCUUCAUCCUCAUCACGAGGACCACAGAGCUGGACUAUGACAUCCGUCUGACCCUGUCAGCCGUGCUCGGCGUGGUGGGCGGGAUCAUCCUGGUCAUGAUAUGGUGGCGUUUCGGCUCAGUCGUGGCCGUGGUCGUGAUUGUGGUCGGCCUGAUGCUCGGCUUCCUCCUCGCCUCCGUUGUCCUCUUCACUCCAUUAGGAGACAUCGAUGUGUUCAGGAAAUCCGACGCUGUUUUCUGGGUGACGUUCUGCUGCGUCACGCUCAUCGUUCCACUCUUUUUCGUGCGUUGGCCCAGAGAGGGAAACAUCACCACAUGUGGGAUCGUUGGCGCGUACGCUGUGGUUCUUGCUGUCAACGCCUACAUUUACACAAGCCUCUCUUACAUCACCCUGAAUAUCCUCAAGCGCUUGCUCAACAACACCUUCACUGCAGUGUUCACUGACGUGCCGUUUCAAACCAUCGAUUACGUCAUGAUCACAGUGUGGGUGGUGCUCAGCGUGUGCGGCGUUGUCCUGCAACUCUACCGCGAGCGCUCCCGGCCGUUCUUCCCGCCCAGCCCGUACCUCAUGUGGCAGCAAGAACGCGAGCGGCGCAAAACUAACGUCCUGGACCCGAGCCACCACUUCCCCUCUCUGCCCAGCCGCCUCCUGGCACGAGUGCGGCAGCUCACCAUGCGCACUGAGCCGGUGGGAGAGCACACACCACUGCUACUGUAAACCCAGGACACAUUCAAUGGGUGAGGUUACGUUUGACCUUGGGAGCCACAGUGACAUUAUAGACCUCAAGCGGAAGGAGCAACUUCCUCUGAAGACUAACGCCACUUUUAUCAAACACUUUAAGACAUUUUAACAAUCACAGAGGAGGAACUGAAAGAGUUGCCUUAAUUAUCUUUUUAAUGUCUAAGAUGCUUGUUUUGAUGCUUCAUGUUGCUUCUGCUCAGUUUACCGUCUGCACUGAAGUCCCAAACCACUAACAGUUCACAAAGCGAGGCGUCUCAUCUCAAAUUACUCAGAUUAUUUCCAUCAGCACAAUUUUUUUGUUUGUUUGUUUGUUUUUAAAUGACAAAACAGAAGAUAUGUGUUUCCUCGGUACAUUGUGUAGACCUGCUGACCACUACUGUCAUGGAAAACUUUAAUAUGGAAGUCUCAUGAACCACUUUAAGCUCUAACUGGACUCCUGCAGGUCACAAAAGACAUUUUACACCAUUUUAAACAAAAAGAAUAAUAAAUCAAGAUUUAAUAUUUAUCCAAAACUGAAGUCAUGCAGUCCUGUCACUCUUUUUGUACUUUGCACACUGGAUUUUACACGGAUUUUUUUUAAUUCCUCUCGCUUUAAUGGUGCUGGCUGAUUUCCUGUGAAUCUGUUGUGCCACAACUUUUCUCAGGGCUUCACACUCAGCUUGAAGACUACUGAUGAGACAACUGAUGAACUCUUUCGCCUAUAAGCCAACAGGAGUUUGUUAGGAUUUCAGAACUGUUCACAUGACUUUUAUAAAUGGCAUCUAGAUCUGUUUUAAAAGAUAAGGUCAGUUGUAAAUUGUAAUUUAAUGUGUUUUGAUAUUUAAUAAAUGCCUACAGGUAA